CUGACGGUCGACGCUGAUGCUAUAGGAAGCUCGCCCCAGCCUUUUUCGGCAUUUGCGAUGACGCAAAGAGACUUGGAAGUGCUUUGCGGUGCACUCGCCCGAAUGUCUACGGACAAACUGCUGUCCCUGAAGGAAGCCGACAUCUGGUGGCUACCGGACCUGACGGAUGUUACGCAGAUGCAGGCCAUUCACUCGAUUCGACUUGCCCUGGAAGAUUUUUAUGCGGAUGAGACUCGUACCUUUCUCGUUGCCUGGCUCUACUGCUGCCUCGCGGAAAGGGAACUACUGCGCUCGUGGCGUUCGUAUCGUGUCACCAGAGCUCCCACUCCCGCUGCGGCGCUGACCGCCCGCUUCAUUCUGCAUGAGCGAUUGGCGACUGCUUUGAUAUAUCCGGGCUGCCAUACCAAGUGCGCCAAGACAGAGAGCGCAGGUGUCGUCUACGCCUGCGUCAUGGCCACGCGUCCCGGAGACAUCUUAUUGGAGCACGACGUUAUCUGCUUGUGCGCUCCGCGUGCGCUGCCAUGUCUGUUGGUCCACGCCACGACAAGGUGCGAGUUGCGCCUCGCCGCCGCUCUCCACGACGCGCUGCAAAAGAAGCCCGAAGAACUGCUAGAAGGUCACUUCGACAAACUCGGUUUAGCGUUUGCCAGUUCCCGUGAGCCAAGGGCUGACGUUGGUGGACUGUUUAUGAGCAACGCGCCGUGCGACAAGACAGGAUACCUCUUGAAGACUUGUGACCGGAAAGAGCAGACAGUAGCCGACCAACCUGGCGAGCCUUUCGCCGAAGCAACUAUCGUGGAUGAUAUAACCAAUGCAUGGCUUCUGACGCCACCACCUGAUGACUCCGCCACCGACGAAGACAAUACCCAUUUUCUCACUCGAGACAAUGUUGGGGUGGGCCCGCCACCAGCCUGUGUCGAGGCCGCCAUUAUCAAGAAUAAGAAGUGGCAGGCGAAGUGAGCAGUAGACUUGAUGGCAUUUUCAUCUGCCAUGACUCCCACCAAGUCCUCUACGAGGCUUCCAACCAAACAAAGGAGAUCUCUUUCGCUUGUCCAAGCCGCGGAAGUGAAUGGUACAAAGAACGUCUACAGUGCAUUUGUGAAAGGUGCCGGAACAGGGCACACAGUGUUGCGAAGUUAACUGAGCACUACGAAGAUUUGACGAACCACGUGUAAACUUGAAGGAAAAAAACAGUCCAAAAACACAAAGGACAAGAGGAGAGGUUCACACCACAACGACUGGACUAUCAACUGAGCUUUGUUAGAAUCGGUGAAGUCCCAGCAAGGCCAGCAGAGCAUGCGCAACCGCAUCAUCGCUAAUCACAGAGCAUGAAAAGACAAGAAUCGCUUAUAUCAUGACCGACCUAGAAAUGCAAAUUCUUUUUUCAAGUAAGCGCACCGAGGUCGUACUAACGCAGUCGUCACCUAAUAAACUGAUGUAGUACGCUUCCAGGAUUUCUCGCUCUUCUUUGCCCUCGCCCCUACCAAGAAUCGUUACAUUGCUGAACAAAGGAUAACAACCACAUUCAUUGCAAUGGCGAGGCAAGUUUGCACCGUUAUCUGACCCCAGGGAGGAGGGGUGCUCACGCAGGCGGUCAUUAAUACAUCGACCGGUUUGGCCUAUGUAAAAUCUUUCGCACGUGAGAGGAAACUUAUAGACAACCCCUGCAGCACAUGCCGUAAAACGGUUUUCAUGCUGCGUUGUGCAAACGUGGUUCCUUGCCCUGCCUCGAGAAAUGCGCGAGCACAGACCCGGAAGCUUACAAGGGGCAGAAAACACAACACUUACUCCCUGCUUGGAGGCAACCUUCUUGAUGUUGUGGCUCACUUUAUGCACAUACGGCAUAACUUCAAGUUUCCUACGUUCAGUUUCCUACGUUCAGUUGCAUAACCACUCCUGCCUGGGGUCAGAUAACGGUGAAAACUUGCCUCGCCGUUGCAAUGAAUGUGGUUGUUAUCCUUUGUUCAGCAAUGUAACGAUUCUUGGUAGGGGCAAGGGCAAAGAAGAGCGAGAAAUCCUGGAAGUGUACUACAUCAGUUUAUUAGGUGACGACUGCGUUAGUACGACCUCGGUGCGCUUACUUGAAAAAGAAGUUGCAUUUCUAGGUCGGUCACGAUAGAUGCGAUGUCUUGUCUUUUCAUGCUCAGUGAUUAGAGAUGCUGUUGUUGCGCAUGCUCUGCUGGCCUUGCUGGGACUACGCCGUUGCUAAUAAAGCUCAGUUGAAAGUCCAGUCGUUGUGUUGUGAACCUCUCCUCUAGUCCUUUGUGUUUUUGGACUGGUUUUUGUCCUUCAAGUAUGUACCAACUGGCCGAGAUUUCAACCCUUCCACGUGUAAACUCCACGAAAGAAGCGUCAUUGGAAAGAGGAGCCCCUCAAUCCUUGCCCUGGACCCAAUGAUGGGCUAUGGUAUCCAAUCCACACGACGUGGCCGCAAAAUUCUGGUGGUGGAUAUUGACGACCACCGAUGUCUUCACUGACUUUAAAGCACAAAUCACUAAGGUUGUAUACCUCCGGCUUCAUGACUGACCGAAGUACCUACUACUGCCAUUUUUAAAAAGCGCGAUGACGUAAAGAUCAUGAGCUACUGUAUUUAAAACCGCGUAGUGCUCACUGCGAAAGUGGCCUUUCCGGUCCGCAAACAUUUAAUGCAGUGUGUUUAGGUUCGUACUGCUAAGCUUUCUGCACAGUUUCUAUAUUUCUGACGUGUUUUUGUAUUUCUGACGUGUUUUUGUAUUUCUGACGUGUUUUUAUAUUUCUGACGUGGUGUUUUUAUAUUUCUGACGUGGUGUUUUUAUACUUCUGACGUGUUUUUAUACUUCUGACGUGUUUUUAUACUUCUGACGUGUUUUUAUACUUCUGACGUGUUUUUUUUUAAAUGCACUUGACGAUUUCAUCUGUAGACAGCUGUAUUUGUAUUUCUUACCUUUUGAUUGCUUUCCUUGGAUUCUGUCAAUGUGGUAGUUCUGGCCACAGACUCUUGGACGUCACUUCCGUGAUGCAACACGAAGUGCUCGUCGUGUCCCCAUUGCAGCUUCCCAGACAGCGUGUUUGUGCUGUAUGCCUGGUGAUAUUCCGGCGUUCUCGUUUUGCUGCAAAAGAUACGAUAACAUUCUUUUUAUCAAGUCAAUAAAUAAAAUGGCCCCCCUCCA